AUGUUCGCAAGGGGUGUGGGUGUGCGAGUUCUACGAAACUGCACCCGAGCUACCAGGAUUCCCUCGACUUCUGCAGCACGCCAAAUCCCAAGACGCUUUUCUUCCUCGUCGACCGCCAUCAGCCAUGCUGCACCUCCGACCGCUCACCCUCUUGCUGGGGUUGCAUCCCAACUCGAUCACGUUGCUCCUCGAUUCGAGAUAGACCCUGAUAACAUCGAAAUCCUCGAUUCCCCAACUGCUUUCUACGAGACGCUGAAGGCCAAAAUACGAGGAGCAAAUAGAAGAAUAUACUUGUCCACGCUAUAUAUUGGAAAGACUGAACACGAAUUGAUUGAUACGCUCAGGGAAGCUCUCGAAGCCAAUCCUGAUUUGGAGCUUUCGGUCCUCACAGAUGCUCUCCGAGGGACUCGUGAAGACCCAGAAGCCUCAUGCGGCACUCUUCUGGCACCCUUGGUCUCCCAGUUUGGGGACAGAGUGAGAAUCUCCAUGUUUCAUACCCCCAAUCUGAAUGGAUGGAAGAAGAAGUACAUGCCCAAACGCAUCAAUGAAGGAUGGGGUCUGCAGCACAUGAAACUCUACGGAUUCGAUGAUGAGAUCAUACUGUCGGGCGCAAAUCUAUCCAACGACUACUUCACGAACCGACUGGACCGCUACCACCUGUUCAAGUCCAAGGAGCUCGCUGACUUCUAUGGAGCUGUCCAUGAAGGCGUCUGCGAUAUCUCAUAUACUCUCCGGCCCUCGGACGAACGAUCAGGGGGAUUUGAGCUGGUCAGCCCUCAUGAGCGCGGCUUCCCCGACCCAUUGUGGCAUACCAAGAGAUUCAAGCAAUAUGCGAAAGAGACACUCGAACCACUCAUCCACAAGAAAGCCAGACAGAAGAUGUUUCCGGUACCAUUUACCAAAGACAAAACUUUUGUUUACCCCUUGGCCCAGUUCGACAUCCUGCUGGGGCAACCGAGAAACAUUGCAUUCCUCGACUACGAAUUUGCAACGUACACCUCGACAGAGAAACCAGCCAUAACGCGAUUAUUAACCAAUCUCGCUGAAGACGAGCGUUUGCACAAGUCCCGAUGGACCUUUACAGCAGGUUACUUCAACAUUGACCCCGACAUCUGCAAGUUGCUCAUUGCGGCUGCACCCGAGCCUGGGGUUGUUGUCCCAGGAACCGAAGCCUCCGAAAAGGCGUGCACAGUGAUUACCGCCUCGCCUUGGGCCAAUGGCUUCUACGGAAGUCCUGGGGUGAGCGGUAUGCUUCCAGCAGCCUACACUCUUUUGUCCAGGCGUUUCCUCCGCACCGUCGCCACCGCCGGCAAGGAGAAUCAGAUAGAACUGAAGGAAUGGCGUAAAGGCACUGUCGGCGAGCCGGGGGGAAUGACGUAUCAUGCAAAAGGGCUGUGGGUGACGCUGCCGCCACAACCAGGUGCAGACGCGAAUCUCGUUGAUGAAACCGGGCCCAGUGUUACCGUGGUCGGGAGCAGUAACUAUACGAAAAGAAGUUACAGUCUCGAUUUGGAAGUCGGCGCGAUGAUUCUUACGGGAGAUGAGAAACUCAAAGCUAAAUUGAAGAAAGAGACGGAGGCCCUGGAGGCAGAUGCUACAAUUGCCACACAGGAUACUCUGGCCAGAAUUGAUCGAAGGGUGGGUUUGAAGGUCAGACUCGCGUUAUGGUUGGUUGAAGCUCUGGGUGGCGCCCUCUAG